UUAGUCAUAACCCCGACAAACCAAAAACUCUGGUAUAACGGAUCCAUUUCUCUUCGUCGACGAACAAACAUUCCACACUCCGUCGUGCGCCGUCCGCCGUUGUCAGCCUGCGUGGUUGCUCGCGUGCAAGCCGAACGCUAAGGCUUUUCUACUCCCAAAACCUGGAAGAAGUGUGAAGCUUGUCAGGUAACAAGUGUAGCUCAAUGGCGUUAUCUGAAAUCAAAUCUGGGGCAUUAGUUUCUCUACAAGACCUACACCCAUCAUCUCCAUUUUUCAAGGAAGGAGCUUCACUAAGAAUUGUUGGAAAGCUUCAUGAAUACUCUGUAGAGACUGCCCUGGCAACAGUUAGUGAUGGUGAUGCCACUCUAAAAGUUAAUACUCAGCACUUGAGGGACCUUAGCUUCCGAGUUGGCUCUGUCUACCAAUUCAUUGGUGAGCUCCUCAUCCAACCCGAUAACAAGGGAGUCUUGCAGGCACGUGUAGGUAGAAAUGUUGAUGGAAUUGAUCUCAAUCUCUAUCAUCAAUCCUUGCUGCUCGUAAGACAAUUUCAAGCUGAUCACCUCAAUAAUCGAACAGAUUAAUUUUACAUGAAGAUUGUGCAGAAACAAGUUAGCAGAUUGGCUAUUCAUUAACUCAGAAUUUCAAGCAGCUGGAAGCUUAGCUGUUGGACUAUAAGUACAAUAUCUUAAGUAUCUUCACUCUUCAUGCACUUUUAGGAUGUGUAUCUGGAAUUCUGCACUAUGCUCAUUGUGUAAAGAAAAUCCUUUCUCCUGCACAUGGCUUAACGCCACGAUUCUGGUUGAGGUGGUUUCCCCACUUUUAUCAUGUCAUCAAUUAGGAUGUGAGGACAUAAAGGGAAUGGCUGUUAAAUGUGAACUAGAAAUGGCCGUGCUAGCUUUACAAUUCCCGUGAAACUAAAGGAUAAAUUGAAGAUCACAUUGGUUUUGCAAUUCGAGAUCUUUGCUUGUGAUAGAAGCAGCCAAAAAGGAUGUAGAAGGAAAGUUUAAAGCGUGAUGGCCUUAAUUAUGAGAUACUAUUUCAGUUAUGAUAUGCCAGAAAGCGUAUAUACAUUUACAAUCAAUCCAUUUGUAUGAAAACAAGGGUCAAUCGUCCUCA